AAUGUGAAUGGGAAAUAGGUGAAGAGUUUGUAUCCGCAGAAGCCGGGAGAGAGGAGGAGGUGCAGAGCCAGGUGACCCGGGACACAGCAGCAGCACUCAGGGAGAGGAGCACUCUCAGGACUACAUCUCCAGGACACAAGCCUCUUCUCCAGCACUCACUCCUGUGAUCUCUGGACUCCUAUGGGACAAUAUGAUAAACUGAUCGCAGCCUGUGCCCAGAUCACAUCGGUCCGUGUGUGCCCUGAUCGGGGUGCCCCCUUCCAGUUCUUCUCCCUAGCACCUCUCUACUUCCAGGCGCUUAUAUGAGUGCAGCCUUCCAGCCUCCUCUCAUGAUGAUGCAGCGUCCCCUGGGCAGCAGUACAGCCUUCAGUAUAGACUCUCUGAUAGGAAAUCCCCCCCAGCCCAGUCCUGGGCACUUCGUCUACACUGGCUACCCAAUGUUCAUGCCAUACAGGCCUGUGGUCCUGCCACCCCCUCCCCCUCCACCCCCUUCCUUGUCCCAGGCUUCCCAUCCCCACCAUCAGAUCCCCAGCCUGCCCAGCGGAUUCUGCUCCAGCCUGGCCCAGGGCAUGGCACUCACCUCUACCCUCAUGGCCACCCUGCCAGGCAGCUUCUCAGCCCAUCACCAAGAGGCGGCCAGGAAGUUUGGAAGUCAGAGCCUCCAAGGAGGGUACGACAAGAGCGAUGGGGGCCAAUCAGAUGGAGAGGACACUGCCAAAACUUAUGUCACCAAAGAGGGAACCUUAUUGCCUUUUUCUGCUUCAGAAGCCUCUCUAGGUGUUGUCCGGGGACAAGGGAAGGAAGACCCGGGGAAAGACGAUGAUGUGAAGGGGAAGGAGGACACCUACCUGAUGGACAGUGACCUGGACUACAGUUCCGAUGACAACAUCUCGUGCCAGACGGCCCACAAGGAGGAUGACACCCCGGAGGAGAGCCCCCAGAACCCCAACCCUUCCAGUAACAACACCUCCACCGGGAAGAACCGGAGGAGGAGAACGGCGUUCACCAGCGAGCAGCUCCUGGAACUGGAGAAGGAGUUCCACUGCAAGAAGUACCUGUCCCUCACCGAGCGCUCCCAGAUCGCACAUGCCCUCAAACUCAGCGAGGUGCAGGUGAAAAUCUGGUUCCAGAACCGCAGAGCCAAGUGGAAGAGGGUCAAGGCAGGCAAUGCCAACUCCAAAACGGGGGAGCCCUCCAGGAACCCCAAAAUCGUGGUGCCCAUCCCAGUCCAUGUCAGCAGGUUCGCCAUCAGGAGCCAACACCAGCAGCUGGAGCAGGGUAGACCCUGAACUCAGAAAGACUGCGAUAGACUGCAGGUUUGUGGUUCCCAUACACACUGACUAUAGACUGAAAGCCAGAAGCUGUACUCUAUUUAUUAUUGUGGCAGGACAGCUGUGUGGACAGAGGGACCCUGUGGCAGGUCUGGACCUUCUGCCAGGCUCUGGGACAUUUAGUGGCCUCCAGCCAUGAUGGGACAAGAUUGGGGCCCCUGCCCAACUUAUAGGGGACUAAAGUCCCUCCUGGAGAACUGAUAGCCCUGCUUUAGCUCUGUGGAGCUUUAAAAUUAUGUUGUGAUUAAUUUAUUAAGUGUCGCAUUAUUCUCUUAAGUUAUCCUUUUUAUUUUUUUUUAUUUUAUUUUUUUUCAAACAAAACUCAGUCUUGUGAAAUCUGAAAAUGUCACUAAUAAACAAACCCACUCGGCCAGUCUGGAAGAUGUGGGGUCAUUUGAAAGGGUACAUGGCCAGGUCCUGGCUAAUCUUCCUUCAUCCCCUCUGAGACUCAUUUUGUCAAAUCUGAUCUGUGUGAUGAGGACGAGGGGGUCGCCAAAUGAGGGUCUGUGUGGGAUUUAAUAGGGCAGGACAUGUGGGGUCUGUUGGACAAGAAAUAAAUGAAUGUACAUUU